AUGCAGCGAUUGGCAUUGGUUGGGCGCACCGCUGCGGCCGUUCAGCUUCACAGCUGCGCAUCUCCGCAGCCUUCGGCGAUCAUGAUCUGCUCUUGCUCGCCCCUAACAGUGCAACGACGCGGCCUCCGCAAUUUGCACCAGUACCCUCACGCGCGCUACAAGAGUCUCGUAAAGGACUGCCGACGCUUUUCGCGCAACUGGUGGCUGACGGCGGGCAAUAACUACGAGCUUGUUUCCGAGGUUGGCCACGAGCGGGAGGCGACCGAGAACCUCGCGGUGUUGCGGGAUGACAGCAACAACGAUGCUUAUGUCUUGUCCACGAACCGCCUUGAAGACCUACCGCCAGCGGAGCGACUCAAUGUGCUGGUGACGCUCAUGACGGAGCGGUGGAAAGUCAAAGACAACAAUCGCGGAUAUGACAAGGCCAAGAUGCUACUGAAAGCGCUCGAGUGCUUCAGCGAGAUGCGCCUGGCUGGUCAGAUAAAGGUCUUCGACGAGCUGCCAGAGGCGGACCAGGACACCUUCCUGCAGUUCGUUGAGGGCUGCGCGCAGUUUUCGCAGAGCUGCUCGCACUCGCACCCCGACGCCGUGGCGAUUGUGCUGCGCGCCGCCGUGAUUUGCGACGAGAUGCGCUGUGUUGGCAAGAGAGAAGAAAUGACGCACGUUGCGGAAGUGAUGGCGAAGCGACUGGAUCGGGCCUUCGCCUCCGCGCGGCCUCUCGAGACGAAGGCGCAGCUGAGGCCUCCGACCUUUACCGAGAUUCACAGUAGCCUGCGGAUGAAGCAGGUGAUGGAGCUGCGAGAGCACUUCAAGGAUAAGCCGUGGGUGCUGGAGCAGAAGAAGCGCCUCGAGUACUUUUACGGACCUCGAAGUCGAAAGAUUUUUCACCAUCCGAUGCGGCGGGACAGCGUCCAUCGGAACUUGCUCGCCGUCCCACAUCGACCAGAAACACGGUCGUGGAAUGGAUAG